CCCAGCGCCGGCGGGAGAUAAGCGUCCCCGGCCGCCUGAUGCCCCACGGGUCCCGGCUGGGAAGGCCCGACCCGCCGUUGGGGGUGUGUGGAUCCGACGCCCGCGGCCCGGCAGGGCGCCCGUGACUCAGGCUCGCCGCGCGGAGUUCUGCGGGAGAGGCCCGGCCUAGCUCGGUCCCGGAGGCACCCAAACAAGUGGAGGGAAGCUCACCCGCCUGGCAGCACCUCCGGCCAGGAGCCUCUCGGUGAAACCGCAGAGCCUCCGCCGCACCGCGGGCAACACCACCGCUCGUGCCACCGCCGCAGCCGCCAUCAUCUCACCUCGAGCCUGUGCGAAGGAUGUGCUUCCGGGGUCGUGACCUGAGGUCCCAGACGAGAGGGCGGGCCCCACCAAGUGGCCAUGAUGGGAAUGACACUCCUCUAAGCAGUCGUGGAAGGAAUCGACCUGGACGUGAUGCGAGCAGUCUAAUAAAGCGAAUUAAGAAGUCUGUAGAAGCCCCUGUAUCAGCAGUUACUUCAAUCGCCUACGACGUGCAAGGCACAAAUGUAGAAGAAUGAAAGAAUCAAUGGAGAGACUGGAGAAGUAAGCUCUGAAAAUGAGCAGGAACCAGAGAAGGCCAGGAUGCCUACGACACUGCCACCACUGGGAGUUCAGUGCCUCCAAUACUCCUAGGCUCUCCAAUGGCCACUUCUGCUCUCUUCACGAAAGGACAUGGAUGAAAAUGAAAGCAACCAGUCCCUGAGGACAAGUUGCCAAUAUCCUAAAGAAGCAGUAAGAAAACGCCAAAAUUCACGGAAUUCUGGAGGAAGUGAUUCUUCUAGGUUUUCCAGGAAGAGUUUCAAACUGGAUUACAGACUAGAAGAAGAUGUAACUAAAUCAAAGAAAGGAAAGGAUGGGAGAUUUGUUAACCCUUGGCCAACAUGGAAAAAUCCCUCUAUUCCAAAUGUUCUCAGAUGGCUGAUGAUGGAAAAAGAUCACAGCAGUGUUCCAUGCUCCAAAGAGGAGCUCGAUAAAGAACUCCCAGUGCUUAAGCCGUAUUUUAUCGAUGACCCUGAAGAAGCUGGAGUGAGGGAAGCUGGCUUAAGAGUCACGUGGCUGGGACACGCGACAGUGAUGGUGGAAAUGGACGAGCUCAUCUUGCUCACGGACCCCGUCUUCAGCGCUCGGGCCUCCCCGUCGCAGCGUGUGGGUCCCAAGCGGUUCCGUCGCCCCCCUUGCACAGUCGGUGAACUGCCCCGGGUAGACGCGGUCCUCAUCAGCCACAACCACUACGACCACCUGGACCACAGUUCUGUCGUCGCUCUGAACGAGCGGUUUGGUAACGAGCUGAGGUGGUUUGUGCCUCUGGGGCUCCUGGACUGGAUGCAGAAGUGUGGCUGUGAGAACGUGAUCGAGCUGGACUGGUGGGAGGAGAACUGCGUCCCCGGACACGACAGGGUGACGUUUGUGCUCACCCCUUCCCAGCACUGGUGUAAGAGGACUCUGACGGACGACAACAGGGUUCUCUGGGGCAGCUGGUCUGUCUUGGGGCCCUGGAACCGAUUCUUUUUCGCAGGAGACACUGGUUAUUGCUCUGCUUUUGAAGAGAUAGGAAAAAGAUUUGGACCUUUUGACCUUGCAGCUAUUCCCAUUGGAGCGUAUGAACCAAGGUGGUUUAUGAAAUACCAGCAUGUAGACCCAGAAGAGGCUGUAAAGAUUCACAUUGAUGUGCAGACAAAGAGAUCUGUGGCAAUUCACUGGGGAACUUUUGCCUUAGCAAAUGAGCAUUACUUAGAACCUCCAGUGAAACUGAGUGAGGCUCUAGAGAGAUACGGACUUAAGGCUGAAGAUUUUUUUGUCUUGAAGCAUGGCGAGUCAAGAUACCUUAACACUGAUGACGACAACUCGGAGUAAAUGUGAGCACAGGAGCUUCUAAUGAAAAAGGCAUCAUCUGAUAUAAAUCUAAAAAGACUAAGAAAUUCAUGAAUAUUACGAUUUUUUACAUUUGGAAACAGCUUCUGCAGGUUUGUGUUCUAUGUUGCAACCUGCUUACUAAUAUGAUUGCCAGUUCUUAUAAACAGAGAAGAGUUCGAGGUGGGUCAUUUAAAUAAUGAAGGCUAAUGUGGAUUUUAAGUCAUGUCUCAGUGACAUAAACAUUGCAAUGGAAUUUUUUUUACUAAAGCAUUCUACUUUAGUGGUAGAGUUUUGAGAUUAUGAAAAACUGAUUUUAAAAACUCAUUUCUGUUCUUCUCUUCUUAGGGGCCUUCUGCACGGUAAGUCAAGGCUGUCUGCCUACUUAGAUUUUCUCACAGGCCUGCACAUAGAAACAUAUUUCUUACAGUCAUGUUAGAGCAAAUGAUGACAUUGAUUCCCCACAUGGUUAUAUGCCAAAUGUUAAGUGAUUUAUUUUUUUAAACAUAAAAACAUAGGAGUUUGGGCUAAGUUACCAUUUUUUUUAAAGAGAGGAAUAAUAUACUCUGUGGCAUAUCUACAAUCCCCAAAUCAAAAGCCCUCUGAGCUGGGCAGAGGAAGGGGAAGUGUGGUUAUGAGAACAUGAUUUGUGAAAUGUUCUAUUUUUAAUCUAAAAGUCAGACCUGCUCAGCACAAAUAUAGCUGCAAGGAAAUAAUUUACAAAGAUAAAUGCAGAUCUUAAAUGUUAAUAGACCAUAUACUUUGAGUUAAAUUUUAUUCUUUCCAUAUUCCAUCUUCUCUCUCUAUAUAUAUACUCAUUAUUUUUUCUGGUUUCUUAGCUCAAACCCCAGUAUGUCAGUGAGCUUAUAAGAAAUAUUUUCUGUUUUACAUGAUUCCCUUAUAUUUUUAUAUUACACGAUCCUUGAGCACGGUUCUACUUUUAUUAAGCCAGUGUGGAAUAUUAGUGGUUAAAAAAGAGACAGUGAUUCUGGGAGUCCACUGCCCUGAGUUUUAGUCCUAGACACGCUCUACACGCACUCCAUUACUCUGAACCUUCCUAAAUGAGAGAGCUGAUUAGAGGCCCCUUCUGUCUUCCCAAUCCAGCCUCAGUGAAAUGAACUUUAUUCAUACAAAAUAAUCAAAUUAGGUUUCCUACACCAAAUGCUACCCAGGUAGUGCCCUGUAAUUUAGUUUCACAUAUAUAUGCACGUUAGCCACUUAAUCUGAAUUUUAAUCCUGCUUCCACCUUGGAUUUUCUGUGUGCCCUAAAACAAGUCACCUA